GGCAGAGAAAAGGGAACAAAGAAGGGAACAAUUAGGUUUACAAAAACAUGACAUCCUUUUCCCUGCUGCCCACACUCCAAGCAUAGAUUUCAAGAUGAAGUUUCUGUUGCUGGCGCUGAUGCUGACAUCAUGUUCUGCAAGUCCUCAAGAUCUGUCGGGUAAAAUGUUCACCUUCCCUCUGAAAACCAACAGCGCCUAUGUGAGGCCGACUUCAUCUGUGCGUGAUUUGAUUGCUUUUACCGUCUGUCACAGGACUUUUACAGACCUGAAGAGAGAUCACGCCCUUUUCUCACUGGCUACGCCCAAUAAUCCAAAUGCCAUCCUGGUUUUUUGGCAUUCAUCAGUGCAGGAGAUGGAGGCCACCGUCAUGGACCACCCAUUAAAGUUGGUAGGGCUGGACUACAAGCUGAACAUGUGGCACUCUAUUUGUACCACAUGGGACUCUACAUCUGGACUAUUGCAGCUGUGGUUUGAUGGAAAACCUUUGAGUAGGAAAUUCGCCACCUCUGGAUCAAGUAUCCGAGGCUCCUUAAUAAUUAUAUUAGGACAGGAGCAGGAUUCACACGGUGGGGGGUUUGACAUUAAUCAGUCAUUUGUUGGAAUGAUGUCUGACGUCCACAUGUGGGACUACACCCUCUCUGCUUGUGAGAUUCACAACUACAUGGACGAUCUAAACUUCACUCCAGGAAAUGUGCUCAACUGGAUGGCGCUGGAGUUCCAGAUUUUUGGCAGAGUUAUUGUAGAAAAAGACGUGAUGACCUGUCAAAAAGCAUGAAAACAAUUACAUUGAAAUUUGAGAAAGUUAAAAAAAAAAAAAAAAAACAUUUUCUGUACUUCUACAUCUAAUGUAAAGUAAAGGUUCCAGGCUGCUUAAGCAAGGUAAAAAAAAGUCAAAUGGGUAUGCAUUUAUGGGAAUUAAGAAGGACAAUUUUGUGUAGGUGUAGUGGUCAUACAAUGUUGAAAGACCUGCUAUCAUUAAAAAAUAUCAAGAUUAACUUUUGAUGAGUGAAAUUCUUGAAUUUUGAACUCAAAUUAUAUUUUUAAAACUUAACUGUCAAUGUCUUGCUAAAUCAAGAUAAUGUUAUUGGUAUAUGAUGUCUAUGUAAUCUUAUAAUUUGAUGAUAUCUCCAAAUAAAUUAAAUGUUGAACCAAUAAAUUCA